AUGAGCUCCGCAGCACUAACGCUCCCCGCCGCCCACGCCCACGACAAGCCCAUCUACGCCUCCUCCACCACCACCACCGCCCCAGAGGAGAGCAAAGACAGCGAUGUGCUCUACACAAUCAACGACCUCCUCGUGCACCGCGCCCGCACCGCGCCGGACGUGCCGCUGGUCGCGUAUCCGGCAUCGGAGAGCGGGCUGACGGAUUAUGUACAGUACACGGCGCGCAUGCUGGACGGCUUUGCGGAGGGCGCGGCGAGGGCGUAUCUGCGCCUGGGACUGGUUCCUGGUGACCCCUUCGACGCGGGCGAACGAACCGUAGUGGCCCUCCUGGCACCGUCAAACAUCGACUACAUCGCCACCCUCUUCGCUCUCCAGCGCCUCGGCUUUUCCGUCCUCCUCCUCUCCAACCGCCUCUCCGCACACGCCAUCGCCGCCCUCCUCACAAGCACAAACUGCACAACCAUCAUCACCACGCCGCCCUUCGCCCCGCUGCUCACCGCCGUACAAGCAGCCAAGCCCGCCCUGCGCACCUUCACAAUCAUCCCAAAGCACACCUACGCCGCGAAGCAGCCGCAGCCCCGCCUGACCGUCCACCGCUCUACACCAACUGAAGCAGCAAAGGUCGCCUUCAUCGUGCACUCCUCGGGCUCCACGGGCCUACCAAAACCAAUCUUCCAGACCCACGCCGCCUGCCUGUUCAACUACUCGUCCUCCUUCCCGCUGCGCGGCUUCAUCACGCUGCCGCUCUACCACAACCACGGCAUCUCCUCAUUCAUGCGCGCCGUCUUCUCACGAAACGUCAUCGCCUUCUUUAACCCCAACCUGCCGCUUACGGGCGCGAACCUGGCCACCGCGAUGGAGCACACACGCCCGCAGAUCUUCUACGGCGUGCCCUACGCGCUCAAGGUGCUCGCCGAGACGCCCCGCGGCGUGGCGGUGCUGCGCGCGUGUCGGCUUGUGCUCUUUGGCGGCAGCAGCUGCCCGGAUGAGCUGGGUGAUCGGCUGGUUGCGGCGGGCGUCAACCUGGUGGGCCAUUAUGGCGCGACCGAGACAGGGCAGCUGAUGACGUCGUUUCGGCCGGCGGGCGACGAUGCGUGGAACUAUGUGCGUGUGCCGAAGGCGCUGGAGCCGUAUCUGCUGAUGGACCGCGUGGCGGGGAGCGAUGCGUAUGAGGUUGUGGUGCGCGACGGGUGGAAGGCGAAGGUGUGCAGUAAUGCGGACGAGCCGCCGAAUAGCUUCCGCACGAGGGAUCUGUUUGUGAAGCAUGCGACGAUCGAGGGCGCGUGGAAGUAUCUAGGCCGCAUUGAUGACCGCGUGACGCUGGUGAAUGGGGAGAAGGUGCUGCCGAUCCCGAUUGAGGGGAGGGUGAGGGAGCAUCCGCUCGUGAGGGAGUGUGUGGUCUUUGGCAUUGGGAAGAGCGUGCCGGGGAUCUUGCUGAUACCGAGUGAGCAUGCUGUGGGUAUGAGUGAUGAUGAGAUCCGUGAUAGUGUGUGGCCGGCGGUCGAGGAUGCAAACACGCGUGCAGAGUCGUUCUCGCAGAUUUCGAAAGAGAUGGUUGGCGUUGUGGCCCGCGGCGUCGAUUACCCCAGCACCGACAAGGGCACCGUCAUCCGCGCCGCGUUCUAUAAGCAGUUCGAACCCGAGAUCUCAGCCAUCUACGCCGCAUUCGAGAACACCGCCGAGGGCACACUCGUGCUCGACAUUCCGGGACUCGAGGCAUUCCUGCUCUCGCUGUUCAAAGAGACGGGUGUGGAGCUCGAGUCAACAACGUCGGACUUCUUCUUGGCGGGCGUAGACAGCCUGCGUGCCAUCAGCGUGUGGAACAAGCUCAAGAAGACGCUGAGCUUCAACGGCAACAGCGGCAAGCUCUCGCAGAUUGUGGUGUUCGAGCAGCCGAACGUGCAGUGUCUGGCGCGGUACCUGUAUGCGCUGCGGACAGGCAGCGAGAUCGACGUUGUCGAUGACAUCGAGGUCAUGCAGCGCCUGGUGGAGAAAUACUCGGUCUUUGACCCGCACGUGCCCGGGAACGCCGUUGUGGACGGGGAGACAGUGAUUUUAACGGGGACAACGGGCUCGCUCGGCGCACAUGUCCUGGCGCAGAUUCUGCCACUCGAGAAUGUAAAGCGCGUCUACUGCCUUGUCCGCGCCCCGUCGCCAGCGGAGGCACUCGCCCGUGUGCACGCCUCCCUCGCUCAACGCAGCCUGCAGCCCCCGCCCGCGCAGCUCUCAAAAGUCACCGCCCUCCCCAGCGACUUUAGCCGCGCCGACCUCGGCCUCGACGCAGCGACACUCACGCAGCUCCGCAACACGCUCACGGCCGUGGUCCACAGCGCCUGGGCCGUGAAUUUCAACAUGGGCGUCGCCUCGUUCGAGACGCACCACAUCGCCGGCGCCCACAACUUCCUCCAGCUAUGUCUGUCGGUGCGCACGCCGCGGCCGGCGCGCUUCUUCUUCUGCAGCUCGAUCUCGGCGGCGGCGGGGACGCCGCUGCCGGCGAGGAUUGGGGAGACGCAGGUGCCGGAGCUGGCGCAUGCGCAGGGGAUGGGGUAUGCGAGGUCGAAGCUGGUGACGGAGAGGAUUGUGGGUGCGGCGGCGGGUGGGGUCGGGGUGCAUGCGAGGGUGUUGAGGAUUGGGCAGAUUGUGGGGGAUAGUAGGGUGGGGGUGUGGAGUGGGACGGAGGCGAUUCCGUUGAUGAUUAGGAGUGCGGUUACGUUGGGCGUGUUGCCGGAUCUGGAUGAGACCCCAUCGUGGAUGCCCGUAGAUACAGUCGCCCAAGCGAUCCUCGAGCUCUCCGGCCUCUCCUGCCCCCUCCCACAAGACACACCCACCACCGUCUACCACGUGCUCAACCCGCGCGUCUUCUCCUGGACGCACGACCUUCUCCCGGCGCUCCGAGCCGCCGGCCUCGACUUCGACGUCGUCCGCAGCGCGAGUGGGUGCAGCGGCUGCGUGACGGCGACCAGGACCCUGUGA